AUGACCACCCACGUGGAAGGCCGCGAGUACGAUGUUAUCUUCGCCGGCGGCGGCACUGCAGCCUGUGUCGCAGCCGGUCGUCUUGCCAGAGCUGACCCCAGUCUCUCUAUUCUUCUCGUAGAAGGAGGCAAGAACAACUACAAUGACCCCACAGUCACGAAUCCCGCCAUGUAUCUGUCUCAUCUUGUUCCUGGAUCUCAGACUGCACUUUUCUAUGAAGCAAAUUCUGAAGAGGCGCUCAACGGUCGCAAAGCAAUAGUUCCUUGCGGUGGCAUACUCGGUGGUGGGAGUUCCAUCAACUUCAUGAUGUAUACCCGUGCUCAGGGAGCGGACUUCGACGACUGGGAGACUAAAGGAUGGUCCGCUGAGGAUCUUCUGCCACUGAUGAAGAGGCUUGAAAACUAUCAUCUCACUGACCCGGACAUCGAUCAAUCCCUGCAUGGACACGAUGGUCCUGUCAAUAUCUCUUACGGCACAUACUUUCAAGAAGAAGCAGCGCAGGAUCUGUUCAACGGUGCUAUUGCCACCGGACAUGAGAUCCACGCAGAUGUACAGGAUCUGAACAAAGACAUCAGAGGACUGAAGGGUGUUGGAGUGUUUUCUAAAUGGGCCAAGUACAUUUCGCCAGAGGGCAAGCGUCAGGAUGCCGCCCAUACUUAUAUCCACCCAUUGCUGCAGUCAGGCGAAUAUCCCAACCUACAUCUUCUGGUCGAUAGCAAGGUUAUUCGUGUGUUGUUUGACGACGAUAAGAGAGCGACUGGUGUGGAGUACCUCACCAAACCCUCUUCACAGCCCGUUACUGGUGUCAAUGCCACAUCGACGCCAUCGAAAGUCAUGGCGAAGAAGAUGGUAGUGGUAUCCGCUGGUGCACUCGGCACUCCAUCCAUCCUUGAGCGUUCUGGUGUUGGAAGCAAAGACGUGCUCUCCAAACUGGACAUCCCCGUCGUCAGUGACAUUCCAGAUGUGGGCGAGAACUAUCAGGAUCACCAUCUCGUACUCUACCCUUACAAGACGACGUUGAAGCCCGAACAGACCCUCGACGCCCUUCUCAGCGGCCGCAAAGACUUUGGCGAAGCGAUGCAGAAUAACGAUCCCAUACUCGGCUGGAAUGGCAUUGACGCUGCAUCCAAGAUCAGACCCACGAAUGCAGAGAUCGAGGCCAUGGGUCCACAGUUCAAGGAACAUUGGGACAGAGACUUCGAGAACCGUCCAACUCGUCCCGUCAUGUUGACAGGCGUAGUUCAAGCCUUCCUCGGUGAUCCCAAGGUGCUCCCCCAACGCGAAGAUGGCGUGCCAACGCAAUACUGUACCAUGGGUGCAUACACCGCAUACCCGUACUCCAGAGGCGAAAUUCACAUCGUCUCUAAGGACGUCGGUACACCCGCUAGCUUCAACACUGGUUUCUUCAGAGCAGAAGCGGACGUUCAGAAACAGAUCUGGGCUUACAAGAAGCAACGAGAGAUCUACCGCAGGACAGACGCGUACGACGGUGAACUGGCUAUGGGUCACCCUGUGUUCCCUGAGGGUAGCAAGGCUGCAUUGAUCGAUGGCCCAGCGGCAAAGUUCUCGUCUCAAGAGGAUCGUAACAAUCUUCCUGAAAUCGAGUACUCGGUUGAAGACGACAGGGCCAUUGAGAAGCAUGUCAGAGACAACGUCAACACGACCUGGCAUUCGUUGGGCACUUGUCGCAUGGCUCCUCGGGAGAAGGGCGGUGUUGUCGAUGCUAACUUGAACGUCUACGGCGUCAAGGGGUUGAAGUUGUGUGAUCUUUCCAUUUGCCCUGGAAACGUGGGUGCAAACACGAACAACACAGCUUUGCUUGUGGGAGAAAAGGCUGCUGACAUUUUCGCGAGAGACUUGGGAUUGGGCGAAGUGGGUGUGCCAGUCGAGAGAGUGGACUCUGCUAUGCAGGCAUUGAAGGUCAAUUAG